AGCUGUAUAAGUCAGCGGUUUUACUUGCCACGUCCUAUUUCAAGAUGGCGGAUAAAUACUCGGUUUUGUUGCCGACUUACAACGAACGCGAAAAUCUACCAUUAAUCGUCUGGCUGAUCGUGCGAGCCUUCACUUCCAGUGGCCAUGAUUAUGAAAUCAUCAUAAUUGACGAUGGAAGUCCUGAUGGCACACAGGAAGCGGCCAAACAACUUGAAGAUAUUUACGGCAAAGACAAAAUAGUUUUGAGACCAAGACCUUGUAAGCUUGGUUUAGGUACUGCGUAUAUUCAUGGCAUGAAACAUGCAACAGGAAAUUUCAUCAUUAUCAUGGAUGCUGAUCUGUCACAUCAUCCAAAGUUCAUUCCGGAAUUUAUCAAGAAACAAAAAGAGGGUAAUUAUGACUUGGUCUCUGGUACAAGAUACAGGGGCAAUGGUGGCGUGUUUGGAUGGGACCUAAAGAGAAAACUGAUUAGCCGAGGGGCAAACUAUGUCACCCAAGUCUUACUGCAGCCUGGAGCAUCAGACCUAACGGGAAGCUUCAGGUUGUAUAAAAAGGAUGUCCUACAGAAGCUGGUUGACUCUUGUGUUUCCAAGGGCUAUGUGUUCCAAAUGGAAAUGAUUGUUCGUGCUCGUCAACUUGGAUUUAGCAUAGGAGAGGUGCCGAUCACAUUUGUUGACCGUGUGUACGGAGAAUCAAAGCUUGGAGGCAGCGAAAUAAUCCACUUUGUUAAAGGCUUGCUGUACUUGUUUGCCACCACAUAAGGGCGGACUGCAGACACCUCGCUGUCUACUUGUAGCUGGACAUCCAUUUGGUCCCAAAAUUAGAACAGGUUGUGAACAAACUAAAGCCUAGCUAUACACAACAAGUUUCUAUGUUGAAGUAUUAGUAAUUAGAAGUAAUUAGAACAGGUUGUGAACAAACUAAAGCCUAGCUAUACACAACAAGUUUCUAUGUUGAAGUAUUAGUAAUUAGAAGUAAUUAGAACAGGUUGUGAACAAACUAAAGCCUAGCUAUACACAACAAGUUUCUAUGUUGAAGUAUUAGUAAUUAGAAGUAAUUAGAACAGGUUGUGAACAAACUAAAGCCUAGCUAUACACAACAAGUUUCUAUGUUGAAGUAUUGAAGUUUUUUAUACUUCACAGGUUCCACACUAACUUUUAGUAGGAUAUUUAGGUAUUAUUGGAAUUCGGAUGGGAAUAGACAAAAACAUGUCAUUGUAAAAAGGAAAAGGUUGAUAAAUGGCGAAAAUAAAAACUAUAGGUCAAUCAAGAUUUGGGGUAUUGAGGGUGGGGGAUCGGGGGAAAGUAAGAUAUGUUAUUGUGGGUUGGGCUUAUUAUAUGGUUUUUUGGUAUACACGUAAUCCGCACUUGAGAAUCCAUGUGUCUUAAUGCACAAUGGCCGCAUCAUGGUCUUCGGAAUGAUGUUCACAGGAACGAGUGGACGUGCUUAUCUAUUUUUACCCAUAAAGCGUUGCGGGUUACGACACAAGGAUUAUCAACCUUAUUUAAAAUAGAUGUAUGGGGAUGUAUGGUCAUUUCAUAACAUUUCUUUAAUGUGAAGUGCAUUGAUAUUUAAUACAGUAGCUAAUAAAGAAGUAACUUCUGUA